AGGGAGGGGGCGGGGUGGGGGACUGCUUACACGAAUUUCCAAGUGGUAGACCUGCCUCGGAGCUCUGCCCAAUGAGAUCCGUCAGGGGAGGCACCCGGCUCACUUUUCCACAUCACUUCACAGUUACAUUUGGCAGGCAAGCGGGCUCGCAUGCCGGAGCGCUUGGCCCGGAAUUAGUGGAUGGAUUUCGAAUCUCCCUGCCUCUUCGAAGCUCCUCCACCGCCGCUUUGGGCAUAAACCAGAGCGUCAACACACCAGCUGUACUUUUGGGCUGCGGACACCCAGAGCCCAGCGCGCCCGCUUUGCGUCUCCGCACCAGGCUCAGCAGCUCCAAGAGGCAUGAACGCGAUUCCGAGGCGACUACCCGGAAAGCGGGCAUUCAUGGACACUUGCCGCCCCCAGGAGAUGACCCCCAGCUCCUCCGGCCAUUUAUGAACCUGGAGGCUUGAGGUUUUUUUUCCCCCCCCCCCCGCAGCCCGGAGCCCGCGACCAGAGAAAUUUGAAUGAAAAGGAAAGCCAAUGGAUCAUGGUCUUUGAAAGGCUGCUUAGACAUGUCUGUUUCCUGGUUCUCUGAACCCGUGGCACAGUUGUAAGUAACCGCUCCACACUGCGUGAUGAAUUGGAUGGCUUCAGACCAGAGGCAAAAAAUAAUAAUUGUCUAAUUUUCGUACUGAUUUGCUUAACUGGUGGGACCAUGCCAGAAAGGCUAGCCGAGACACUCAUGGACCUCUGGACUCCAUUAAUAAUAUUAUGGAUUACCCUCCCCACUUGUGUGUAUAUGGCUCCGAUGAAUCAAGCUUAUGCUUUAACCACUGGAUCGCCUUUGGAACUAAGCAGGCAGAGUGAAGAACUGCGGAUUUUGAACCGCUCCAAAAGAGGCUGGGUUUGGAAUCAAAUGUUUGUCCUGGAAGAAUUUUCUGGACCUGAACCGAUUCUCGUUGGCCGGUUGCACACGGACCUGGAUCCUGGAAGCAAAAAAAUCAAGUACAUCCUAUCAGGUGAUGGAGCUGGGACAAUCUUUCAAAUAAAUGAUAUAACUGGAGAUAUCCAUGCCAUAAAAAGACUUGACCGAGAGGAAAAGGCUGAGUAUACAUUAACAGCUCAGGCAGUGGACUGGGAGACAAACAAACCUCUUGAGCCUCCUUCUGAAUUUAUUAUCAAAGUUCAAGACAUCAACGACAAUGCACCAGAGUUUCUCAAUGGACCUUAUCAUGCUACUGUGCCAGAGAUGUCCAUUUUGGGUACAUCUGUCACUAAUGUAACAGCCACUGAUGCAGAUGACCCAGUUUACGGAAACAGUGCAAAGUUGGUUUACAGUAUCUUGGAAGGACAGCCGUAUUUUUCCAUUGAGCCUGAAACAGCUAUUAUAAAGACUGCCCUUCCAAACAUGGACCGAGAAGCCAAGGAGGAGUACCUGGUUGUAAUCCAAGCCAAAGAUAUGGGAGGACACUCUGGAGGUCUGUCUGGAACCACAACACUUACAGUGACCCUUACUGAUGUUAAUGACAAUCCUCCAAAAUUUGCACAGAGUUUGUAUCACUUCUCAGUACCGGAGGAUGUGGUUCUCGGCACUACAAUAGGAAGAGUUAAAGCUAAUGAUCAGGAUAUUGGUGAAAAUGCACAGUCAUCCUAUGAUAUCAUUGAUGGAGAUGGAACAGCACUGUUUGAAAUCACAUCUGAUGCCCAGGCACAGGAUGGUGUUAUACGACUGAGAAAGCCUCUGGACUUCGAGACCAAAAAAUCCUAUACACUGAAGGUGGAGGCAGCCAAUAUCCACAUCGACCCACGUUUCAGUGGCAGGGGACCUUUUAAGGAUACAGCAACAGUCAAAAUUGUUGUGGAGGAUGCUGAUGAGCCCCCAGUCUUCUCUUCACCAACUUACCUCCUUGAAGUUCAUGAAAAUGCUGCUUUGAACUCUGUGAUUGGCCAAGUGACAGCACGUGACCCUGAUAUCACUUCUAGUCCUAUCAGGUUCUCCAUCGACCGUCACACUGACUUGGAAAGACAGUUCAACAUCAAUGCAGAUGAUGGGAAGAUAACACUGGCAACUCCACUUGACAGAGAAUUAAGUGUCUGGCACAACAUCACCAUCAUUGCUACUGAGAUCAGAAACCACAGCCAGAUAUCCCGAGUACCCGUUGCUAUUAAAGUGCUGGAUGUCAAUGACAACGCCCCUGAAUUCGCAGCCGAAUAUGAGGCAUUUUUAUGUGAAAAUGGAAAACCCGGCCAAGUCAUUCAAACAGUAAGUGCCAUGGACAAAGAUGAUCCCAAAAAUGGACAUUAUUUCUUGUACAGUCUUCUUCCAGAAAUGGUCAACAACCCAAAUUUCACCAUCAAGAAAAAUGAAGAUAACUCGCUGAGUAUUUUGGCAAAGCAUAAUGGAUUCAACCGCCAGAAGCAAGAACUCUACCUAUUACCUAUAGUGAUCAGUGACAGUGGGAACCCACCUCUGAGCAGCACCAGCACCUUGACUAUCCGGGUCUGUGGCUGUAGCAAUGAUGGUGUGGUCCAGUCAUGCAAUGUUGAAGCUUAUGUCCUUCCCAUUGGACUCAGUAUGGGCGCCUUAAUUGCCAUAUUAGCAUGCAUCAUUUUGCUGCUAGUCAUUGUGGUUCUGUUCGUUACCCUAAGGCGGCAUAAAAAUGAGCCAUUAAUUAUCAAAGACGAUGAAGAUGUUCGGGAAAACAUCAUUCGCUACGAUGAUGAAGGAGGCGGGGAGGAGGACACAGAGGCUUUUGACAUUGCAACUUUGCAAAACCCAGAUGGAAUUAAUGGAUUUUUACCCCGGUGGGGAAUGCCAACUCAAAGGUGGGAGGAGAGAAAUGCCAUUCAAACAGGCUGUGUCUAGAAGCAGGAUUCCUGGUUCCCUCCACUUCAUCUUCUUCCACAAGGACACAGAGAUAAACUGUAUUCCACAGUGGACCACAUCAGAGACAGAUGGUUUUAUUGCUAGCGUGUGAAUUUAUUUGUUUAAUCCUCAAAAUAAAUAUUUUAUUGAUGUCCAAUAAUGCUUUUAUUUAUUAAGGUUGGUAAUCUAGAGAUUAAGGGAUUAUAUGGGGGAAAAUUAAAUUAUAUCCAUUAAUAAUCCUUUAGAUUGUUUUAUAUUAAUAUCUAUACAAUGAAUGUCUAAUACAUGUACAUUUUGAUGAGCUAAGUAUGGCAGGCAAUAUUAUCAAGGGGAGAGGUAAUAGUCUCUUUAGAGUAGAAAGUGUUUUGUGACUGGUAACGACAGGAACAGCAUUUCCCAGAGAAACUUUUGGACUGUUUUCUAUUUUCUUCAUAAUCCUAGUAUUUGGUGUUUUUACUACAAGCACAAACAUCUGAAAGCAUAUUGACUCCUGUGAAUAUUUAAACUCUAGACUUUUAGAUAUUUACAUAAUGCCCCACUCAAUAAAAACGCUUCAAGUUGUCCUCCCCCAAGUAUUAAAGCAGGAACUUAUUUGUACAUAAUUUUACUGCUUAUGUUUUUUACACUUCUGUCCCUGGUCAUGGUGAUGUGCAGAACGUGUUAGAUUACAAAAACAGAGCAGCACUAGGAGAUGUGAACAUAUUUAAUUUGUAAUGCAAACCUGCCAUGUAGAAGUAGAAAAUGUAUGAUAAAACUCAAGUAUUACAUGCAGAUCAUUUUACUUUUCUACUUUGCUUUAAUGCAAUAUUGUUUAUUUACUCCAUGUGUUGUAUUCAGAGAAACUCCUGUAUUGUUUCCUACUUUGUGAAAUAUAUUUUUACAAAUACCUUUGUUGUCAUCAUUUUGUCCAGCUACAUGAAGAUUUCUUGGCAGAACAAUGAACUUUAACUGAAAUUCCAAAUUGUGCAAUCAAAUCAUACUGUGGGGCACUUUUAGUUUAAGAGUCUUUAUUAUAAUAAAGAACCAGAGAAGAGGAAUGGAUUGCUAUUGAUCCCAUAGCAAGAAAAUAUCAGAGACAUAAAAAUGAAUGCCAUAACUAAAAGGCAGUCUAGUAUGUCUAUGGGGCCUCUGGAGGCAGUAGGUGGGGUGGAGUUAGCAGGAAAGAAUGAAAGAACAAGAAGGCAAUUGUGUGUAGAAAAAGCCUACACUUCAGAGAUUACAGUCCAACAUGUGAAGAAAUGAAGGGACUGAAGAACAGGAUUUGGAGAAAGAACCUAGACUACAUUGCACAUAUGAAAAUCAUUCUUUUCUUUAGAGGAUCCAUUAGAGCAAGAUAGGUAGGCUAUUGUCACCUGCUACCUCAGUCCCUAGCUUGGGCUAUGUAAGGAAGGCAGAGGUUUGGCUUAGAGAUGGGAGACAGUUUCUGGAAGCUGGUCUCCAUCAUGACAGAAACAAAGUGACUAAGUAUUGAAUUAAAAUUUAAUAAUAUCCAAUGGCUUACCACAUCCUCCUUGUUCCCUAUUGCCUGUACGUAAUCCUUUUAUACUUAUAUCAGUGGCUACUGAACACUUUUCAUAAAGUCUGAGUCUACAGUGACUUUUCUAUACAGCAGAUUAGCAAGAGUCAUAAAAUACAUUUAUAUCAGUUAUAGUAACAAUAAAAUCCCAAAUCCUAACUCUCUUUCAUAUUAUAAACUAAAGUGGAAUUACUUUUUAUAUGUGGAAUUACAUUUUUCCUUUCACUUCAAACCCAUAUUACAGUAUUCUUUUAGAAAUCACCAUCCUCAGUAUUGUUUAUCAGUAGAAAUAUUCAUAUGACAGUGUAUAUGAAAGGAGGCAAUGUAGGCUGAACCAGUUUUCCCACUCCUCCUUUAAAUUUUACUUUGCCCAGGAAGACAUCAUGGAAACAUGAACUCCAUAUUAACACUUCUUUCCACUACCAUCUAAGCAUUUUGUGCAUUGAAGGCAAUAUAAAGUUUUGAUAUGCUGGGUAAAGUGGUGCUGUGUAUGGCUAUGUGUGGAUAAUAUGGUUUUGAUAUGUGAAAUGUGCUUUUAGAGUACUCUGAAUUUAAAUUAUACCCCCAAACCCACACACAUAUAAGUAAGCUGUAACAUUUACUUUAGCAACAGACUUACUAGAAUUCCCACAUUCAAAAUAGGAAAACAGAGAUCCAAAGUGUUUACUAUAAUUUAAGGAUUCCUUCCUCAACUUUUCAAGCAAUGCAUUUUAACUUUACUAUGAUUUUUUAUUCAUGAAAUUCUUUUGUGCCUACAAUACUGACACAUCAAAGUAAUCACCACACACAUGUGGUCAUUUAUCAAAUAUAAUAGUGCUUUGUUCUCAUUUUAUUGUGUCCAUGGUUUUUGUGUGUCCCAAGCACCAGUCCCUUUUAAUCAUUACCCAAGAAUUCUGUGCCAAAUGAUAUGUGAAACAAAGCUAGUCUACCUUUGCUUACUUCACUGCAAAGAUCUCAUCCGAGGAACUGAGGUGUCCUCGCAUGAUGGGAGGCCACAUGGAAUCAACCUUUACCUCUAGUUUCCAUGUGGUUUGAUCAAGCACUUUUUUUUCAUUUCUACACAAAGAUAUUACCAAAUAUUAACAAAGCAUUCCUUAUAAAAUUCUCACUAUGAGUGCAGUCAAUAUACAUUUAAAAUGAUUUAUGAUAAUACAGCUGAAGUAUUCUAUAAAUUAUAUUCAUGGGUUACCUUUCCCACACCAAAUUGUGCUGUCCAUGAUACAAACUUUACAGUAAAAAUGUUUUGUACCCCAAAAAGGGGGGAAUAAGUGUAUGUGUGUAUAAAACAUGAAAGGAAACUUGGAUUCAUCAGUAUCCCCAGUGAAGCAAGAAUCCAAGGAAAGAGACAAAUGUAUCUUUUGAGAGUUUGCUUAAUCAUAUGCUUAAAGUAAGACAAGUCUCUGCAUGAGACUUAGAAAUCUCCUAGGAGCAGCCGACUCCACACUGAGACUCCACAGAGAGCUGGGCUAUCUGUAUUUUAGAGAAGGAAGGCGGGUGCUGAGAGCUAAGUAGCCAAUUACUUUUUAUAGCCACAUAAGGACUGGAGGCAAGUAGUCCUUUGCAACAUGUUGUAUUAUGCGAUCGUUGGCUUUGCAGGGAAUCUCACGAAUGUAUAACCUUCUGAUUGCCUUUUUGAUUGAAAGUUCCAUCUGAGAUCAAGGCACUGCAACCAGUAAUAAGAUUUCAAAAAAUCCCAUCACUGGCACUGUUGGAAAGGUUGAGCGUGCCUGAAAUCCCAUCACUGUCAGUCAAAGAGAUAAGGUAACAGUGGGCAUCACUAUAAAAGCUUCAUGAAUGCACAAUUUAAACAUGAACAUCAACACUGAAAAGAAUGCGCACACAUUUGUAUGAAUGUCCAUAUAGAUACAUCUAUACCCAUAGAUAUGCAUGUACACAUACACACACACACACACACACACACACACACACACACAUACACACACACCACACACACUUGAGAUAAAUUACUAGGGAGAAUUUAUACUAAUGUGUUCUCAUUUCAAUAAUAGUAUGUUUACAUUCCACAGUCUCACAGACUACAAAAACAAAAACAAAAAACAAAAAAACAAACCAAAACUUGAAAUGAUGGUUCUUUGUUUUUCUGACUCUAACCUUGAAGUAAGAAAUCUGUCUUGGGGUAAAAGGUUUUAAAUGUGAAUUUUGUUUAUGAACAUAGUAAUAACUCAUAAAGCCUGGGAUUAGGAUUAAAUGCAUCUCAUUGAGAAGCUGGAUUUGGAUGCUUUUGUAUCAUUGUAUUUUUGUGAAGCUAAUAAUUGUAGAAUAUAUUUUGUAGGAAAUAAUUUUCUCUAUGUUUACAUUUCUUUGAUUCCAACACAGUUUUCUUUGCUAAACAAAGUCCUUUGCAUUGUUGCUCAGAUGGCCAAAAAGUGAAUAAACUGUUUACUAUCAUUUCUGUUCUUGUUUAUGAUAAUUAUGAUGUUUUUGUUGUCCAUUAUUAAAGGAGAUAUUUAUUUUGAGCA